AUGACUUCGCUGCGUCGCUCAUGCGUUCCAUGCGCCAGAGCGAAACGCCGAUGUGAGCCGCAAACUCCGAAAUGUCCUCGCUGUUUACGGAGGGGGACCAAUUGCUUCUACAAAAACCAGCCCGUCAGAAGUCUCGGUGAAAGACAUGACCCUCUUCAAUCACAACCUGUCGCUAAAGACCGAGCCCCGGGCAGUUUGCGAGGCGGGGAACUACUCUUUGACGGUGACUCAUCAUCUCAAGGGUCCCGAACGGGAGGUUUGAGUGAGACAAUCGGCAACUUCUCAGAUCAAGAGUUAUCUCUGCUUAGCUCUCGACACAUCCGCAUGCCGGGACUCCAUCCCACUAGUCCUUUUGUGAUGCCUGUGUCAACAUUGAAUAUUCAAUCCGUUCCUAUCUUAACUCGCACGGUCAUGAGUUGGCCAGGGAAGUUUCUACGAAAGCUAGAAACACCCUUCAUUCAUUCAUCACAGCGAGAUACACCAUCUCUACCCCUCCCACUCGAGGAGGCUUUUAGCGCAUGUGCUAGCUACGCUUCUAGAGAGGAGACCACCAAGAGUAUAGUGAUGAACAUAGUUGAAAGGAGGGUGGCGCAACUUAUUGAUCUUGAUCCAUCUGAUAUGCCUAUUGAGGCGCAUACCGCGUCGUUGCAAGCAUUUUUAAUCCUUCACCUUAUCCAGCUCUGGGAUGGCGACGUCCGACAACGUGCACAGGCGGAGGCGCACUCUUAUAUACUCGAAAGCUGGGCGCUACAGCUGCACAUGCGGGCAACGGAGGCGUCAAAAGGACAUGACAGCGCCACACUCGCAGCCCAGACAUGGGAUUGGUGGAUUAAGAUAGAAAGCGCCCGACGCACAGCCAUUGUCACGAUGCUGGCGCAGGGUAUCUAUGAGAUGGCCAAGUAUGGCGUUUGUUCGUAUGUCCCUAACCUGGCUGACAUGCCCUUUACCUCCAGCGAUGAUCCCUGGAAUGCCCAGAAUCAAAGCGAUUGGAAGAAGACAGUCGAAGGCUUAGAAGCACCCGUUACAAAUUAUGGCGAUUAUGCCAUCACCUGGGAUGAAGCCACCUGUGGCCCCCAAAGUGAAUUCGGGAAGUUACUUCUUAUGCCGUGCCCGAGCGCUACACAAAGAGCAAAGAUUUUAUCCGGCCGGAUCGUUAACUUGCCGAAUUAG